CCUGGUGUGCUGAAGGGAGGCGGGAGCAGGCUGCAGCUCCCCGGUGAAGGUCGGCCCCGCGGUAGGCAGCUGGGUCGCCGCGCACCUGGCUUGGGGCUGGAAGGCCGGGAUGCAGCUGCGCGGGCUCGCACGCGGGCUCAAGGCUCCACGACAGGGUGCUCGUCCGCGGGCACGGCAGGUCCGGCGCCAUGAGGGGCGUCCUCCUAGCCGGCGUCCUCGCAGUGCUGGCAGUCACAGCAGCAGAAUCCCUGAGCUGUGUGCAGUGUAAUUCGUUGACAAAACCCUGUGUCAACAGCAGCCUUACCGAGUGUCCCUCAGAUGCCAACACCAGCUGCACCAGUUUCCUGGCCAACUCUUCCAUAGCGGGAAACGUCACGCUGUACCAGGAUAAGGCCUGCUCCGCAGAGAACUGCACAGAGACCAGGGCCUUCACUGUCCAUGUGUCCGACGCAGAGCGCUUCCAUUUCGCAAGCGAGUGCUGUCAAGGAAAGGCAUGCAAUGACACGGGCGGGGCUCCAGACUUUGUGCCGGGAGAUGCAUCCAGCCUAGAGUGCCCUGCGUGUUACGGAUCUAACGAAACUUCCUGUGGCGGGAAAUCCUGGAAGUGUUACAAAGGGGAACGGUGUGUCAGUCUAAUCGCAGAAUUUAAAAAUGAUACUCAGAAGUUCGUGCUGAAAGGCUGUUCCCUCAUCAGUGACUCCAACUGUCAGUUCCUGUCUGCUGCAAACCGGACUGUCGGGGGAGUCAUCCUCCGAAAGUUUGAGUGUGGAAAUAGCACUGACACCUCGUCCACUCCUGUCCCCACACCGACCAACUCCACUGGCGUCUCGCCCAGCUCCCCCACCGACAAUGCCGGCUGCAGAGGCUCCUUUGCCCCCGUGGCCCUUGCCAGCCUCCUGCUGGGGCUGCUCCUCUGAGGCUCCCUCAACGUGUGCCCUCCCCUCCCCUCCCUGUGCACCUGCUCCACAAGUGGCUCCACAAUCCACGUGCCUCUGUGUGGGCUGCCGGGACCUCCGUGAUCCCUGCCCAGCUUGCUUCUGAGAAACAGAGCUUCCCACCUUGCUGACAUCUUCAGCCUGCAGCCCUGCACCUCUGGGGACCUUUCAAGGCCGAGUCCUGGACUCCAUAUCAGAUACCUAGGGGCUAAGAAAACCUUUCAGCCCCAACAUGCACAGAAAUCCAGGCUUAGUACAUAGGGUGUACUUUGAGUUGGACUUGGAGGAAUGAGAUUUUCUGUAAUAAAAAGUUUUAAAGGGGUGAA